GGCAUCACCGUGGACAAGUUUGGGCUGAUUUACUUUGUGGAUGGUACUAUGAUCAGGCGGAUUGAUCAGAAUGGGAUCAUCUCAACUGUGUUGGGUUCCAAUGAUUUGACAUCUGCUCGGCCUCUCAGCUGUGACUCUGUCAUGGACAUUUCUCAGGUUCGUCUAGAAUGGCCCACGGAUCUGGCAGUCAGUCCGAUGGAUAAUUCGCUGUAUGUGCUCGACAAUAACGUUGUGUUACAGAUAUCUGAGAACCACCAAGUGCGCAUCGUGGCAGGGAGGCCCAUGCAUUGCCAGGUGCCGGGCAUGGAUCACUUUCUCCUUAGCAAGGUGGCAAUCCACGCCACCCUGGAGUCUGCUGCCGCCCUGGCCGUCUCACAUAAUGGGGUCCUGUAUAUUGCUGAGACCGAUGAGAAGAAGAUCAACCGCAUCAGGCAGGUCACCACCAAUGGAGAGAUCUCUCUCGUUGCCGGUGCGCCAAGCAGCUGUGACUGCAAGAACGAUGCUAACUGUGACUGCUUCUCGGGGGACGAUGGCUAUGCCAAGGAUGCCAAACUCAAUGCGCCAUCCUCCCUUGCGGUGUGUGCAGAUGGGGAGCUGUAUGUUGCUGAUCUUGGAAAUAUCCGAAUCCGCUUUAUUCGGAAAAACAAACCAUUCCUCAACACACAAAAUCUAUAUGAGUUGUCUUCACCCAUAGACCAGGAACUCUACUUGUUUGACACCAGUGGUAAGCACCUUUAUACUCAGAGCCUUACCACUGGAGAUUACCUUUACAAUUUUACUUAUUCCGGAGAUGGAGAUAUAACCCUGAUCACUGACAAUAAUGGCAACUUAGUGAAUAUCCGAAGAGAUUCCACAGGGAUGCCCCUCUGGCUGGUAGUGCCUGAUGGCCAAGUCUACUGGGUGACAAUUGGUACCAACAGCGCACUCAAGAGUGUAACAACACAGGGGCAUGAAGUGGCCAUGAUGACAUACCACGGCAAUUCCGGUCUCCUUGCCACUAAAAGCAAUGAAAAUGGUUGGACAACGUUUUAUGAGUACGACAGCUUUGGGCGCCUGACCAACGUGACCUUCCCUACUGGUCAAGUGAGCAGCUUCCGCAGCGAUACCGACAGCUCCGUGCAUGUCCAGGUGGAAACCUCCAGCAAGGAUGAUGUUACGAUAACAACCAAUUUGUCAGCAUCAGGAGCCUUCUACACCCUGCUCCAAGACCAAGUCCGAAACAGCUACUACAUCGGCGCUGAUGGCUCUCUCAGACUGAUGCUCGCUAACGGCAUGGAGGUGGCCCUGCAAACUGAGCCGCAUCUGCUGGCUGGCACCGUCAAUCCCACGGUGGGCAAGAGGAAUGUCACCCUGCCCAUCGACAACGGCCUCAAUCUCGUGGAGUGGAGGCAGAGGAAGGAGCAAGCGAGAGGGCAGGUCACCGUCUUUGGACGUCGGCUGAGGGUUCACAACAGAAACCUGCUGUCCCUCGACUUCGAUCGUGUGACAAGGACAGAGAAAAUCUAUGAUGACCACCGCAAGUUCACGCUCCGCAUCCUCUACGACCAGGCAGGGAGACCCAGUCUCUGGUCACCCAGCAGCAGACUGAACGGGGUCAAUGUCACCUAUUCCCCAGGAGGACACAUUGCAGGGAUUCAGAGGGGCACGAUGUCAGAAAGAAUGGAGUAUGAUCAGUCUGGCAGAAUUACAUCCAGGAUCUUUGCUGAUGGCAAAUCAUGGAGCUACACUUACUUGGAGAAGUCCAUGGUGCUGCUCCUUCACAGCCAGAGACAGUACAUCUUUGAGUUUGAUAAGAACGACCGGUUGUCAUCGGUGACCAUGCCCAAUGUUGCCCGUCAGACUUUAGAAACCAUUCGCUCCAUUGGUUACUACAGGAAUAUCUACCGGCCACCAGAAGGCAACGCCUCGGUGAUUCAGGAUUUCACAGAGGAUGAGCAGCUUCUCCACACUUUGUACUUGGGCACAGGGAGACGUGUCAUCUACAAGUACGGAAAGUUGUCCAAGUUAGCCGAGAUGCUCUACGACACCACAAAGAUCAGUUUCACUUAUGACGAAACCGCUGGCAUGCUGAAGACCAUAAACUUGCAGAAUGAAGGGUUCACAUGUACAAUCAGAUACAGACAGAUAGGACCCCUCAUUGAUCGACAGAUUUUCCGCUUCACUGAGGAAGGCAUGGUGAAUGCACGCUUUGACUAUAAUUACGACAACAGCUUUCGGGUGACCAGCAUGCAAGCAGUCAUCAACGAGACACCUUUACCCAUUGAUCUCUACAGGUACGAUGAUGUGUCAGGCAAAACUGAGCAGUUUGGUAAAUUCGGAGUCAUUUACUACGAUAUCAACCAGAUUAUCACCACUGCUGUCAUGACUCACACUAAGCAUUUUGAUGCCUAUGGCAGGAUGAAAGAGGUCCAGUACGAGAUAUUCCGGUCGCUGAUGUACUGGAUGACUGUGCAGUAUGACAACAUGGGGAGAGUGGUUAAGAAAGAGCUGAAGGUUGGCCCUUAUGCAAACACAACUAGGUACUCAUAUGAGUAUGAUGCUGAUGGCCAGUUGCAGACAGUGUCUAUCAAUGACAAACCACUCUGGCGAUACAGCUAUGACCUAAACGGAAACCUCCAUUUGUUGAGUCCGGGGAAUAGUGCCCGCCUUACACCGCUCAGGUACGACCUUAGGGAUAGGAUCACUAGACUGGGGGAUGUGCAGUACAAAAUGGAUGAAGAUGGCUUCCUGAAGCAAAGAGGCAAUGAUAUUUUUGAGUACAAUUCAGCUGGCCUGCUCAUCAAAGCUUACAAUAAAGCUAGUGGGUGGAGUGUGAAAUACCGCUAUGAUGGCCUAGGAAGGAGAGUCUCUAGCAAAACCAGCCACGGCCAUCACUUGCAGUUCUUCUACGCAGACCUGACCAACCCAACCAAGGUCACCCAUCUAUAUAACCACUCAAGCUCCGAGAUCACCUCCCUCUACUAUGACCUCCAAGGUCACCUCUUUGCAAUGGAGCUCAGCAGCGGUGAUGAGUUCUACAUAGCCUGCGAUAACAUUGGCACCCCUUUGGCUGUCUUCAGUGGGACUGGCUUAAUGAUUAAGCAGAUACUGUACACAGCAUAUGGGGAGAUCUAUAUGGACACCAAUCCCAACUUCCAGAUCAUCAUCGGCUACCACGGAGGACUGUAUGACCCCCUCACAAAGCUUAUCCACAUGGGACGGAGAGACUAUGAUGUGCUAGCGGGUCGGUGGACGAGUCCAGACCAUGAUAUGUGGAAGCAUCUGAGUAGCAAUAACAUAAUGCCUUUCAACCUGUAUAUGUUCAAAAACAACAAUCCCAUUAGUAACUCUCAGGAUAUCAAAUGUUACAUGACAGAUGUCAACAGUUGGCUGCUCACUUUUGGGUUCCAGCUACACAACGUCAUCCCCGGCUACCCCAAGCCAGACAUGGAUGCAAUGGAGCCGUCCUAUGAGCUGAUCCACACACAGAUGAAAACCCAAGAAUGGGACAAUAGCAAGUCAAUUUUGGGGGUCCAAUGUGAAGUGCAGAAGCAGCUGAAGGCCUUUGUCACUCUCGAGCGCUUCGAACAGAUCUACAGCUCCAGCAUCGCCGGGUGCCGGCAGGUCAAGAAGAACAAGAACUUUGCCUCCGGAGGCUCUAUCUUCGGCAAAGGCGUCAAAUUCGCCAUGAAGGACGGGCGCGUGGCCACCGACAUUAUCAGUGUGGCCAAUGAGGAUGGGCGGAGGAUCGCAGCCAUCCUGAACAACGCCCAUUACCUGGAGAACUUGCACUUCACCAUCGAUGGAGUGGACACGCAUUAUUUCAUUAAGCAAGGGCCAUCGGAGGGCGACCUGUCCAUCUUGGGCCUCAGCGGCGGGCGGAGGACCCUGGAAAACGGCGUGAAUGUGACGGUGUCCCAGAUCAACACAGUGCUAAGUGGAAGGACUAGACGUUACACGGACAUCCAGCUCCAGUACGGUGCGCUGUGCCUAAACACUCGCUACGGGACCACCUUGGACGAGGAGAAGGCCCGCGUCCUGGAGCUGGCCCGACAGCGCGCCGUUGCCCAAGCUUGGUCCCGGGAACAGCAGAGACUGCGGGAUGGGGAGGAGGGUAUUCGCUCGUGGACAGAAGGGGAGAAGCAACAAGUGCUAAACACGGGCCGGGUACAGGGCUACGACGGCUAUUUUGUGAUCUCAGUGGAGCAGUACCCCGAACUCUCAGACAGCGCCAACAACAUCCACUUCAUGAGACAGAGCGAAAUGGGCAGAAGGUGACAGAGAGGGUCGAUGCGGUGACUUCUUGCCAAAGACAGCUACUCUUUUGUGGCCACUUACCUGACUGUGUUGUACUCAAUCCUUUUUCUAAACUGAACAAGGCAGGGGGGGAGGAAAAUAGAAAGAGAAGGAAUAAUACGGUUGCACUGUAACUCAUGCAACAUACUUGUUUUUUUUCCUCUUUAAUUUGGCCUUCACACGUUUUUUGCAAUGAACAGAAGGUAUAUUUUGCCGUAGUGUGAUCACAGUGAAAUUUACUGUCUCUUGUCCUCUUUUUUUUUUUCCCCCCUUUGUGAGGAAUUUGAAGUGGGGAGUCGUCAACGUACGUCCUUAGGUGUGAAGUGCGAAAUGGGUGUCUGUGCUAACUUGUGUCGUCCUAACCCUUUCUGAUUUGGGGCAGGGACAGAUAGCCUUGCACCCGAAACACGGGGAGCCCGCGGCGUGCCGGAGAGGUCUUCCCGACAAGAAAGGAGAUGGAAGACAAUGCUGAUUCCGAUACUCCGAAAGCAACCGUCCAAAUCAUGUGCCUCAAAAGAGACCUUACAAGUAGUUUUCACGUUUCACUUGGGACAAAAAGUGUUUUUUUGGGAGCUCCUGCUGAGCAGAAGUAGAUUAUAGAGGCAAAGGAGCUGAUUAUAUUAACUUGCAAGAUGAUUCUCUUCCUUCCUGAACUGGAAUAAAAAAAGAAAAAAAAUCAGUCUUUUUUCAUUA